AUGGCUCGACAAGGUGCCACGAGCACCUCAGACGGCUCCUCAAGCGAGGAGUUUGCGUUUCGCAAAGGGCAGGCGGAUCACGAGCAGCGAACGAGGGAUGCGGCCGUUCACGACGGGAAGAUCGCAAUGUGGGUGGCUGUUGGUGCGAGUGUGCUGGGACUGCUGUGCAGCGCCUACGGAAUCUUCUCUUUCCGCUCCGACGACAGCUUCUUUUGUCCUGCGUUCGUGAUAACGGCUGUCGGUUGGGGGAUCCUGAUCGGGAUCGAGCUGUUCCUCCUGCGAGAGCUGCAUGCGAAGCGGCGCGGUCACCACGGCGCCAUUAUCCGUCGUUCGGCCUUCAUCUUCGGGGGCUGGUGCUUCGGCUACUUCGCUGCCGCACUCGUCGUGGUCGUGGUCUGCAUGCUCAAGGGACGGUUUGCCAACUCGAGCCAUCCUGGCAUCGGCUACACGCUUCUCAUCACGGAAGCCAUCCUCGACCUCCUCGUCUGCGGCGCCUGUCUCGCCCGCUACGUCCACCGCUACCUCCAGCCGAUGAGGCACGCCCAGCCUCACCUCGAAGACAAGGCCAACAUGGAGUCGACCGAGAAGCAGAUUGCUCGCAAGGUCUCGGGCGCGUCGCAGCGUGUUGCGCGCAAGGUCUCGUCGGCGUCGUCGAGGUUCAGCGGGAAGGGGCGGCGGGCGGAGCGUUCGACUCGCUCAAGCCAGCCGAUCGUUCGCCCUUCGACUCGACAGCGACCCUCGCCAACGAAGAAGAAGGACGACUACGGCUCCGCUAGCGCCAGCGAGUCGUCCGCCUCGAACGGCUCUGCCAGCUCGCAACCUUCAUCGGACGACGAGCUGCUGCCGCCUCGGCGCAGAACGGCUACCACAGCGUCGCCUCAUUCUUCGGCUUCCUCGACGAAACGGCAGUCGUCCCAGCCCGCCUCCACCGCCUACCCUCCCGCGAAUCAACGGACUCGUCGCAACCAAGUCGCUGAGCUUCCUGCGCCGUACCGCUUGCCCUCAGCAUCUCUGGCUCCCGCUUCGGCGCAUCCCCCUCAGCAUUCCGUCCGCGUCGAGCAUCAGACACCCCUUGGGACGGAGGGGCUACGCUGGGACGUCGACGCGCAGCGUUACAAGCCGGUCGAUGCGCGCGCCAAGUACCUCCAAUCGGUCUCCCAUCUUCCAAAGUCUCUCCAACCUGGCUAUGCAUCCGGCCCAGCACCACCGUCGAGAUCGCCUCUCGCCGUUCAGCCGAAUGGUUCGCCGGCCUUUCCACCCGUACCUCCGCCGCCACCACACCCUUAUUCAGCUGCUCCGAGGCAAUUUUCAUACUCCCCAACUCGUUCCGGCACGGCGCCUCCCGCUCCAUCAACCGCAACUCGCCCACCAUACGUCUCGCCCUCGCCCGGACCGCCUGCUCCCGCCUCUCAGCCGUACAGGCCGACUUCCGCCCCACUCGACGCUCACGCAGUAGCAACACGAGCCCCUGCCAGCCUACAGAAGCCGCCGGUGCAGGUCCAGUACCGCGCUUGGCAUCCUUCCUUCGCUACGACCGGUGCCGGACGCCCGUCCAACCCCGACGCACUUCUCCCCAUGCCGCUGUACAACCCGCAUAACUCACCGUGA